AUGGCGAGAAUGGUAACAGCGGAUCAUCCUCUGGUGUUAGGAGGAGUAGUUGGAGACGUGGUCGAUCGUUUCGCGCCAAGUGUGAAUAUGAAUGUAAUAUACAACUCAACAAACCAAGUAUACAAUGGGAAUGAGUUUUUGCCUUCGGUUGUGACCGGUAAACCUAGAGUUGAUGUUGAUCAUGGUGGUGACAUGAGAUCCUUUUAUACACUGAUAAUGACAGAUCCAGAUGUCCCUGGACCUAGUGAUCCAUAUCUCAAAGAGCAUUUGCACUGGAUGGUUACAGACAUCCCGGGCACCACCAACUCCUCUUUCGGGAAUGAGGUGGUGAGCUAUGAGAUGCCUAGGCCAAACAUUGGCAUUCACAGGUAUGUGUUUGUGCUUUUUAAGCAAGAGGGAAGACAAAGUGUGAGUUGUCCAGUUUCAAGAGAUAGAUUCAACACUAGAAGCUUUGCUCAUGAAAAUGAACUCGGCCGCCCUGUUGCUGCCGCUUUCUUCAAUUGUCAGAGAGAAACAGCUGCCAGACGCCGAUAAUAUUUACUCUAGCUACCAGCUAGAGCUAUACUCAAUUAGCUCACCUGAAUCAAAAUCAUUGCAACUGGCCGGUGUACGUCGAGUCGUCGUCGACUGUAAUAUUAUGUAAUACAUUGUUAUAUUAUUGAAUAAGCACGUACAUAAACUAA